AUGUGGAAGGGUCAGGCAAGACCGGUACCAACGGCCGGUGCGUCUGUGGAUGCGGCCGAUGUGUGGAAGCGAACGGAAACGAUGUUUUUUGUCGUAAAAUCUAGUUUUUCGCCGACCGAAAGGGAUGCAGAAACCGGGUUUCAAUUGGCAGCACAUUCUGCCAGACAAAAAGUACAAAUGCGCAGUCUCCAUUGUGAAAAUGAACUUUUUCCGUAUCAAAACCACAACACACAUCCGGUCGGAGGCAUAGCCGCAACUACUCUUUCUCACCCGACCCUUCUUUGCUCCAUCCGGUCCGGCUAG